AAUCCAAUCCAGCAACAUGCAAAGCACAAACAUCCUAAUCGUGGCCCUUGUGGCAGUUUCCGCCAUUGUGGAGGCAGUUCCUCAUGGAGAUGUCUAUCGAGUCCGCCGUCAGGUAUUGGGUGGUUCCUUGACCUCAAAUCCCGCUGGCGGUGCUGAUGCUCGUCUGGAUCUUACCAAGGGCAUUGGCAAUCCCAACCACAAUGUGGUGGGUCAGGUUUUCGCUGCUGGAAACACGCAAAGCGGUCCGGUCACCACCGGCGGAACUUUGGCCUACAACAAUGCUGGUCAUGGUGCCUCGUUGACCAGGACCCACACGCCCGGAGUAAAGGACGUCUUCCAGCAGGAAGCUCAUGCCAAUCUUUUCAACAACGGCAAGCACAACCUGGAUGCCAAGGUGUUUGCCUCCCAGAACAAACUGGCCAACGGCUUCGAGUUCCAGCGCAAUGGAGCCGGUCUCGACUACUCCCACGCCAAUGGGCAUGGUGCCUCCUUGACACACAGCAAUUUCCCCGGAAUUGGCCAGCAACUCGGCCUGGAUGGACGUGCCAAUCUGUGGUCAUCGGGCGAUCGGGCCACUCGCUUGGAUCUGACAGGAUCUGCCAGUAAGUGGACAAGUGGACCAUUCGCCAAUCAGAAGACCGACUUUGGAGCUGGCCUGGGACUCUCUCAUCGCUUUGGUUAAACCUUAUAGUAUAUUUGUUAUCACUUAUUUAUUUAAAGAAAAAAUAAAAUCAAAAACUAUUUAACUUA